AUGAGUGAAAUCAGGAAAGCCUGCAUAGCUGAUGACUUCACCUGAGCUCUGACCUGGAUAUCCAUUACACUUGACCUGCUAGCUUAUCCUGACAACAGACCUUAAACGACUGGAGGUUUGUGCUUGGUGACGUCACUUGGCCGUGUCUCAGCUUCAGCACCAGGGAGAGCGUCAGCUUCUCCCAUCUCAUCCUUCCAUCCAUCCAUCCAUCCAACCAUCCUAAUAGCCCAUAGGAGGACACUCGGAGCCACAGGCCUGCAGGAGGAGGUGGGGAGGGGUCCUGGCUGCUGGAGAGGAGCCUGCAGGCCUGCUGGUGGAGGUGGGCAAUCCUUUGUGGGAUUUGAGCAAUUUUUAUGGAACCAAGCUUCAUCCAGUCGGCCAUGGCUUUAGGCUUGCCAUCCAAGAAGGCUUCUUCAAGGAACAUUGCUGUGGAGAGGAAAAAUUUGCUCACUAUCUGCAGGUUUUCAGUGAAGACACUCCUGGAGAAAUACACAGCGGAGCCCAUCGAUGAUUCCUCAGAAGAGUUUGUAAAUUUUGCUGCCAUUUUGGAACACAUUCUGAGUCAUCGAUUCAAAGGUCACGUAAGCUGGUUUAGCACUGAUGGCCAGAGAGGAUUCUGGGACUAUAUACGUAUCGCCUGCAGCAAGGUUCCCAACAACUGUAUCAGCAGCAUUGAGAACAUGGAGAACAUUAGCACAGCUAGAGCAAAGGGUCGGGCCUGGAUACGUCUUGCGCUGAUGGAGAAACGACUUUCAGAAUACAUUGUAACUGCACUAAGAGACACCAGAACAACCAGGAGGUUUUAUGACGAUGGUGCUAUUUUGCUGCGAGAGGAGUCCUCUGUUCUCACUGGGAUGUUAAUAGGCCUCAGUGCCAUUGACUUCAGCUUUUGCCUAAAAGGGGAAGGAAUUGAUGGCAAAACUCCAGCAGUGAUAGACUACACUCCAUACUUGAAGUUUACACAAAGUUAUGAUUACCUAAGUGAGGAAGAAGACAGAGAAAGUGUAGGUGGCAGCAGCAGUGAGGACAGCUCUCCUGAACACCCCUACUUACCACUGCUAACAGAUGAGGAGACGUGGUACAGCAAGUGGCGUAAGAUGGAGCAGAAGUUUCGUAUUGUCUAUGCACAAAAGGGAUACCUAGAGGAGCUGGUCCGUUUGCGGGAGUCUCAGCUAAAGAAUCUAGAAGCUGAAAACAAAAGACUGACUCAGAGGAUCCAGGAGCAGGGAGAGCAAAGCCUGCAGGAGAAACACCAGCUGGAGGGAGUCAUCCUAGAACUGCAGGAACAGCUCACUGGCCUACUCCCUUCUGAAAAUGCCCCCAUCAAAAAGUUCAACUCAAGCAUUGGGGCCCCUCUGGUUAACCAGUGGCCGUCCCUGGGCACCCUUAAUGAUAACGAGACAUCUGUUAAACCCACGCUGUACAGGAGACACAGCUAUCUGAGCACAGAACACCUCUCAGCUGAGCUGAGUCUGAGUUCCGAAUCCCAGAGGGCAGAAGGAAAGCAGGACGGGGAGCCUUGGGGUCCUAUUGGUAAGGACCCAACCCCUUCCAUGCUGGGACUGUGUGGUUCCCUGGCAUCUAUUCCCAGCUGUAAAUCUCUGCCAAGCUUGAAAUCCAAUGAAUGCCUUGUCAGUAAUAAUAGCAGUGAGACAAGUCCUGCUGGAAGCCCCAGCUGAGGUCUUCCAAACACAAGUCGCCAUCAAUGCAUUACGUCUUGACCACUGUAGGAGAAGCCCAGUUUAUCUCUCGAUACCGUCUUGCCAAGUUACUUUUCUUCGGCCAAUUGCAUAACUCCUAAUGGUGGUCUAUUAAGGAUAAUAUAAGGACUUGCAAAAAAAAAAAAUAGCACAGUAUAUACUCCAUCACCCAGCAGAGGACCAAUAUAACCAGUUUCUGAUCCACUGUAAACCUUGUAGAAAACACAAGAAAUGAUCUGGAUCUGAAUACAUAAAUGGAUAUCUACUGCUAUUGGUAAAUGAAAAGUCUGAGACUUUAUUGCUGCAUUCAAAUGAUAUCGGUUAAAUCUCCUAUACUUGUUCCCUUACAAAAUGAAAUGCCUUUUAAAUAGGCAUAUCCAAUAUUCUCUUCCCUUCAUGGACCAAGUGGAGACUUUCAACUCAUGAACCCUGUAAGGGCAGAAGUUGGCUCCUUUGUCUGGACUUCAAUAAACUGUAUGUUGUGUAACUGAGCACUGGUACAACUGGUUGUUAUGGAAGCCUCUGUCAGAGGAAUAUGUGCAAUUCUGUCCAUUAAACUGCUGAACUGAAGGAA